AUGAGACUGAAGAAUGAGAAGAGCAGAGUCACUGCUGUUUGUGGUGUUGAAGGGUGUAAAUGGAGAAUCCAUGCAUCACCAGUUUUAGAUUCCAUGACCUUUGUGAUUAAGACUUAUCAAGGUGAACACACAUGUGUGAUGGACAAGAAGAACACAGAAGCUACAGCUGACUGGAUUGCCAAGAAACUAGUUCCAGUCAUGAGAAUUCACCCCAACAUGUCCACCAAAGGGGUAGAAGCUGAGAUGAUUAAGUAUGGUGUGCAUCCAAGCAAAUGGCAGAUGUAUAAAGCACUAACUAAAGCAAGAAAUGAGAUUGAAGGCAAUCACAUUGAAUCGUACGCCAAAUUGCCAAAGUAUGCAGAGCUGAUCAGGAAAUACAACCUACAAAGUAUCUGCAAAAUACAUUAUGAUAGGCCUACUCUUCUUGUUGAACCUAGAUUUCUCAGAAUAUUUAUUAGUUUCAAAGCUCAAAGAAGUGGAUUUGUUGAAGGCUGUAGACCUUUUGUUGGUUUUGAUGGAUGUUUUUUAAAAGAAAAUGGUUUUCAUGGUCCUCUAACCUUCAUGAGUGACAGGCAAAAGGGCCUGAAUAUAGUUUAUGAAGAGAGAGUGCCUGUUGCUAGUGGAAGACAUUGUUGUAGGCAUAUCUGCAGUAAUUUUAAAGCUCAAUUUCCUGGUAUUCUGCUUGGUAACUUGUUCUGGAGAGCAGCAAAAAGCUUUGAUGUUGCAGGACAUAAUGAAGCCAUGGCUAGCAUAAAGGAGUUAAACAUAGAAGCAUGGAAAUACUUGGAUAAAAUUCCUAAAACAACAUGGUGCAGAUGUACCUUCAAUACUGGACUAAAAUGUGAUCAUGUCACAAAUAACUGCACUGAGUCCUUCAAUGCAUGGAUAGGUGAGCUAAGAGGGAAGCCUAUCUUGACACUUGUUGAUGGGCUGAGGAAGAAGUUCAUGAAAAAAAUGCAUAAGCGAUAUCAGAAAGGGUGCAUGCUCACCACUGCCAUCACACCAAAGAUGCUUGGUAAACUACAAAAAAUAGGACAAGCAUCAAGACAAUGUGAACUCACUAUGGCUUCUACUGAUGUAUUUGAAGUGGGGGAUAUGAACAGGUCCUACAUAGUCAAUUUAUCAGCUAAAACUUGUGAUUGUGGAACAUUUCAAAUUUCAGGCCUUUCUUGUAAACAUGCUGCACUAGGGAUUAUCUACAAGAGAGAAAAGCUGGAAUCCUACUGUGAGCAUUGGUUCUCAAGAGAUAAGUACUUAAAGACAUAUUCAAGUAUGAUUCAUCCAAUUCCUGAUGAGAAAAUGUGGCCACCUAUGCCAUAUGUUACACCUGUAACAGUCCUGCCUCCUUCAUUAAGGAGAGCUCCAGGUAGACCAAAGACUAAAAGGAGAAGGGAACAUGAUGAAGAACAGUCCGCGUCACAACCAAAAAGACUUUGCUAUAUCAAGUGUGGAAAUUGUGGCUCUUUUGAUCACAACAAGAGGUCAUGUCAAGGAGCACAUGUCCAGAAUAAGAAGAAUGGCAACAGAACUACUGGCCAGCAGAGCUAUAGAAGAGGCAAACCAGGAAGAGUGACUGCAAACACGGGCCUGUCAGGAGCAACUCUUUGGGAUCAUGUCUCUAACAAUGUUCCAGUUGUACACUCAAGCCAAGGCAGCAAUCCUUCUCCUUCAACUCAACCUGCACCUGCAACUGUGAAUGUGCAUAGAGGAAGACCUUUAAGCAAUACUAGAGCAUCUGUUAGAAGGAGCAGCAAGAGAAACUACUCAAAUACUGCUCAGAUCACUCAAAUUGUGGAACAAGCUGGUCAUCAGCAAAUUGCUACAUUUCAAGUUGCUACACCUGCAUCUGAAUCCAUCAAUGCAGCUACAACACUGCACUCAACAAAUGUUAGCAACAAUAGUAGUUUUAGUAUGCAAUUCUGA